CUGUUGAGACAGCGAUUCUUAUCGUCAUGCAAAGGAGGGCAGACAAGCAGUGACUUUGUUCCAACUACACUGGAUUAACAAAUUUAGAUUACAGUGGCUGCCUCUAAAAGUUUUAUUUUCUGUAAAACUAAAAAAAAAAUAAAGUUUGCAAGAAAUGCAUUAUAACUUAAUAAUAAAUUAAUUCUUUUUGUAGCAGAAACUCAUUAGCCAGAAGUGACUAGUCUCAUUUUGUCUCCCAUUGUUUCCCCUAAUCUCAGAAGACAGAACUCAAUUACUUGGGACAAAGGUUGGCUCCCUCCCACUCCUCGUGUUACUCAGCCUGCAGCUGCUGUGCAGCCAUUUUCUGCGAUCAGUCUUGUCAGCGCAGCCAAGUAAAGGGGGAGUGAAUCACUAACUUUCUAAAAGUGUGGAUAUGGCACACAUGCACUCAUCAGCAGAUGGGCAGGAACGGGCUAAUCUCCGGGAUCUGACUGAGCCUCUUAUUGACCACACGGAGGGCAAACUCUUCUUGAAUGAAGCCCUGGGAAUUAUUAUGGAGGAGGUGCUCUGCAAGGGCACAGACGUCAAGCACAAGGUUUGUGAGUGGAAAGAGCCGGAAGAGCUGGCUCUGCUGCUGGAUUUGGAGCUGAGGGCAGCGGGGGAGCCACAACAAAGGCUCCUACAGAGAGUAAAAGAUGUGGCCAAGUACAGCGUUAAGACAAGUCACCCACGGUUUUUUAAUCAGCAGUUUGCAGGGGUGGACUAUCAUGCCCUGGCUGGACGAUUCCUCACUGAGGCUCUCAACACUAACCUCUUCACCUAUGAGGUCGCCCCGGUGUUCGUGCUGAUGGAGACUGAGGUCCUGAAAGCGCUGCGGCAGCUGGUUGGCUGGACAGAAGGUGAUGGUCUUUUCUGUCCAGGGGGUUCUACCUCCAACAUGUUCGCCAUGAACCUCGCUCGCUACCGUCUCUUCCCAGAGGUCAAGAGCCAGGGGCUGUGGGGUCUCCCCAGACUAACCGUCUUCACAUCUCCAGAGAGCCAUUACUCAGUGAAGAAAGGGGCUGCCUAUCUAGGCAUCGGGACAGACAAUGUCAUCUUGGUGAAAGUGGAUGAUGGAGGCCGAAUGAUUCCAGAGGACCUUGAUGAAAAGAUAGAGCUGGCAAAAUCUCAGGGUACAGUGCCGUUCCUUGUAAGCUGCACAUCAGGGACCACAGUGCAGGGUGCGUUUGACCCGCUGGACCGCAUUGCUGACGUCUGUGAGAAACACAAGAUCUGGAUGCAUGUAGACGCUUGCUGGGGAGGGAGCGUGCUCUUUUCAGAGCAACACAGACAUCUAAUGAAAGGGGUUGCCAGAGUGAAUUCAGUAGCCUGGAAUCCACACAAGAUGCUGGUGGCUGGCCUGCAGUGUUCUGCCCUGCUGCUACGGGAUACCACGAACUUGUUGAAGAAGUGCCACUGUGCCAGUGCCACAUACCUCUUCCAGCAAGACAAAUUCUAUGAUGUGAAUCUGGAUGUCGGGGAUAAGUCAGUACAGUGCAGCCGCAAGGUCGACUGUCUGAAGUUGUGGCUGAUGUGGAAAGCUGUUGGCUCCACUGGCUUAGCCGAGCGUGUGGACAAAGCUUUUAUCCAUGUAAGGUAUCUGGUGGAGCAGAUGAAGAAAAGAGAAGGGUUUCAUCUUUUGCGCGAGCCAGAGUUUGUGAAUGUGUGCUUCUGGUUCAUACCACCCAGUUUGAGAGGGAAGGAAGGAAGUGCAGAUUACCAGGAGAGACUGGCAAAAGUAGCUCCAGUCAUUAAGGAGCGCAUGAUGAAACAAGGCACUAUGAUGGUUGGAUACCAGCCUUUGGGAAAUAAGGUCAACUUUUUCCGCAUGAUUGUUUUCUCUCCGCUGCUUUCCCACAGAGAUAUGGACUUCUUCCUUGACGAAGUUGAAAGACUGGGAAACGACUUGUGAACAAAAAAACAACUUACAAGUUGUGUUCCUCUAUCUGGAAUUUAGAGGCUGUGCACUAAACCUGCCAUUACAAUGUGACAAAUGAUAACCGACAUCCUGACUGUACUGCUUAAUUUUAUUCUUACCAUCUUUUUAUUGUAUUUUUAUAGCUUUUUAAUGCUUUUGCUCUUUUUUUCCACCUGUCUUCUCUCUGAUUUGUUCAAAAUCGUUUGUCUUGCUUUAAUUUUACCUUAACUUGCCUUUGUUUGGCCUUACUGUUUAGCACUCUGAUGUGAUAUUGGCACUUGCUUUUUCUGGAAAAACAUUUUGGAAACUCUUUUUUUAGAAAGGUACUAAUGUAAUGUUAUCAGGAGAAAUACUUACCCUGGACCAAUGAAUAAAUAAAUUAAUAAAUUAAUUGACAAAGA